AUGACCAUGAACGGAUCCCUGGGAGACGGGUCAACACCACUCCACAAAAUCAUCAAUGCGUGCGACGCGGCGAAGCUCAUCAUGUGUCGUAUGAAGUGCGUUACGGUGGAUAGCUUGGGCGAUCAUCCUUUGCAUAUCGUGCAAAAUGCAACAAUGGCGGUGGUCUUAAUCGCAGGUGAUGGAGAUGUAAAUGCAGACAACGGGAUGGGGCGCAGCAGUUUGCACUGGGCAAAGAAUGAAAAAGUGACAAAGACGUUGUUGGCAUUCGGAGCUGAUGCUAAUGAUCGCAUUAAUGGCGUGGGAGAUACUCCGUUGUUAUUUAUGUGCACGGACCCUGACAAUGUGCCAGGUGUUGAUUGA